AUGGGGGGCUGUCCUUCGUUGUCCUUCCCGUCUUCUAACAUCCUCUGCCCAGUGUUUGCUCCGAUGUGCGCGUUUCACGACUUUCCAGGACUGGAACUGGUGGGGCCAUCAAAGCGGAUGUUCUGCGGCAUUUCCAUCGAGUUCUUCUUUGCCGGAGGCGGUGCAUUACUCGGAGGAAUCGCCUAUCUCAUUCGGGAUUGGAAAACGCUUCAGUUGGUCGUACACGUUCCUGGUCUCAUCUUCCUUGCCUAUUACUGCUGGAUGCGUUUCGCGUCGUGCAAGAAGACGAGUACCGAGUUUCCAUGCGCAAACAGGUUCGUACCCGAGAGUCCGAGAUGGGAGAUGGUGAACGGAAAGGGUGAGUCGGCGAGACGGACCGUCCGAAAGAUGGCUGCAACGAAUGGGAAGGAAAUCCCCGAACACCUUCUCCCCCCUGACUCUGUCCAAGGCACUGUGAGUUCUUCGCUCAGUUUUCUCCUCCUCCCAAGAGGGAGAAGCUCCUCCGAGCGAAUCCUUAUUGGCAUUCUUGAAGAAGCCGAGACUCCGAAUCCAAUUCAUCAACAUUUGCUUCAACUGUAUUUCCUCUCGUUCGAGACGGAACCGUUCGCCAACGUGAUGGUGUACUACGGGCUGAGUCUGAACUCCACGUCGCUCGGCGGGAGUGCCCAUCUGAAUUUCGCAUUGUCGAUGCUAGUGGAGAUCCCGGCUUACGUCCUCUGUCUCCUCGUCCUCAAUCGAUGGGGACGGAAAUUCCCUCUGGCCGGUUUCGAAAUCCUCGGAGGGAUUGCCUGCCUCGUCUCGGGAUUCCUUCCCACAGAUCCGGUGUGGUUGCAAGUGACGCUGUCGCUGAUCGGGAAGCUCGGACUGGCGGCCUCAUUCGCCAUCAUCUACGUGUUCACGGGGGAACUCUACCCGACGGUCGUGAGGAAUGCCGGGAUCGGAUCUUCUUCCAUGUGCGGCCGAAUCGGGGGGAUCCUCGCCCCCAUCGUCACGGACCUCGGAACAGUCCAGAGAUCUCUACCCAUGUUGAUAUUUGGAGGAGUGGCUGUGCUAGCAGGGAUCUCGGUCCUUCAUCUCCCGGAGACCCUCGGUGCUAAUCUGCCAGAGACGAUAGAACAGGCUGAGGACUUCUCAAGAGCCGCUGGGUUCUUCAAAGGCUGCAGAUCAUCGAAGAGCACGGUGCUUGAAGCUGAUUCCAGGGCACAACUUCAGGCCAGAUUCUGAAGGAUUCCGACUCCAUUUAUGGAAGAGUUGUUCGUUCUUAAUUAUGAAGUUCGCAUUGGAUCCUGUUGUGUUUCAAUAUACUUCUGGAUUUCA